AUGUCCUGGUCGCAACUCCAUGAGGUUUAUUGGUACGAUAACCCAGAAAAGACGAUCGAUUGUGCCGUCUGCAACGCACCUUCGUCUGGUCGCCACUAUGGCGUAUUCACAUGUGAAGGGUGCAAGUGUUUCUUCAACCGAACCGUUCGUUAUAAGCUGUCUUACACUUGUGAGUCUUCUGGAAAUUGCCGCAUCGACCGCCAAAACCGAACGCAGUGUCAACAUUGUAGAUUCGAGAAAUGUGUUCAAGUUGGAAUGAGGCGAGAUGCCAUCAGAAGAGGACGGCCCACAAAGUAUUCCUACCUGUCAAGAUCAUCAAAAUCAUUUACCUCUCAGUAUGACCUUAUAACGCUCCUUACCCAGUUAGAAAGAGGCAGCAGAGCCUCCAUAACUGCUGCUCCCAGUUCCCCAACCUUGGAAUCCACUCCAUGCCAUAAAAUAUGGACCUUAUUUUCUGCUGCCUUGAAGUGGACCAAGCACGUGCCUAUGUUUUCAAACCUGGAUAUCUGUGAACAGUACGCCAUGCUGAGAUGUUGCUGGGGUGAUCUAUUUAUUUUAGUCGCUGCACAAUAUGAUCUGCAAAUCGAUUCUGUCGCGCUCUCUUACGAGAUUGAGACAUGCGCGGGAAUGUGCAACGAGAGGAAGCUUCGACUGAAGCAGACGCUAGCCAGUUUUCACGAGUGCUUGUUACGCUUGCGUGGUUUAGAGGAGGCCGAAUACGCAUGCCUGAAAGUAAUGGUGUUGUUUUCUUCAGAUAGUGCAGAGGCUCGUUGUCUGCCCGAUGCAGAAACAAGCCAAGAAGUUGUUCUGUCUGCCAUGGAGCGUUAUUGUAAGAAUCGUUUUCCCAAUGAGGCGUUCAGAUUUGGAAAAAUUCUCCUCAAGUUGAUGGGACUUCGAGCAGUGAAUGCUAAUGACCUGGAAUUUUUGUUCUUUUCAAAAAUUCUGCAUCAUACAUCCAUUGCCGGUGUGAUUAGAAACCAACUUGUCAGCGGCUUAUCUCAUUCUCCUGUGUCGCCCUACAAGGAGGCAGGCAUGAAAAGUCAUCAGUAA